AUGACGAGAAUAAAACCAUCAUCAUCAUCCACCGUUUCGGCGUUCUUUUUCUUCUUCGUCUUCUUCGUUCUCUCCUCGUGCUUCUCUUUCUCGCUCGCCGAUGAUGUUUUGGAAGAAAAAACCGUCCUCUCCGUCGCGCUCAACGCGCAGUCUCCGGAGUGGUUGACCGCCGUGGAGGCAUUUUUACACGACGCAAAGGACGAGGAGGAAAAGGAGGUUUCAAAGAUACACACGAAACCGUACGGGAACCCGAGCACGGGUUCGUGCUUGCCGAACGAGAUGAAGGUGCAAAUACAAGGAAUCGCGGGCAGGUGA